AAACAACACAUUUAAUAGAAGAAGAAGAAAGCACUUCCGUCUAAGCCGGAAAAGGCGCCAAAGUCGAAAAGUUGUUUUCUGUGUUGUUAGCAGCGAGAGAGCAGUUGAAAAAAUUAACUUGGAGUUUUUGAGUUUUGUUUUAGUUGUUUGAAUAGGUUUUGACUCUUAUGCCAAAAUGGACCCGACCAGAGAGUUUUUCUCCAAGUUAAGGAAGCUGGCGGUGUCUGUAGAGACGGAAACUGAGAGACUGCAGCGAGCUUUUGAAAACCGAAGAAACGAGGAUGGUGACAGCGAAACAGCAGUCCGAGGGAUGCGAGCAUAUCAUGAGGUGAACAGUGAGGUCAGCAGUUUUAAGAAGCAGCUUCUGGAACAGUUGGCUGAACAAAAACAACGAGAGAACGAGGUUAGCAGCUUCAUUAAGGCCUGUAGAGUGAUGAAGCAGAGGGUCUCUAAAGACAUCCACACAAUCGGUAUGCACCUAGAAAAAUAUGGUUACCAAGCUCCAUGUGAUGCAGAAAACCCAAACAACGCAACAGAUCAAGAAGCAGAAGAGGAUGAAACUAGCUUAGCAGUUGAAAAAGAUGGAAGCCAGGAGGGGGAGGAGGGGAUUAACUUUACAUCGCCUACAAAAGUGAAACAGCCCUUUACUAAUGGGAUGAAAACCCCUCAACUCUCAGAUUUUGGUCUAUCUGAGUUGCAGCUCAAGAGAGCUCUGUGUGGAGCAGACUGGUCCUCUGAAGUUCCUCCUAUGCCGGAGAUGAAUCUCCCGCAGCCCUCGCUCCAAACGCCCGCACCGCCACCUAUGGCCAUGACUCCUAAAUGCGCCCUGCAGAUGGAUGACGAUGAGCUGCAGACGCCACAGAUGCGUGAUUUUGGCAUCUCAGAGAACACCAUGUUUCUGAACAACGACUUCACUAUGGAUCUGUUCCGGAAGAAGGACCUAAAGCCUGAGAGACCUUCACAAGAUAUCCCUGUUCCAUCAGUGAACUCUGUAAUGGAGAGUUUGCAGACAAAAGUUGAUAAUUUGGAGUCCCCAGAGCCGCCUGUGCUCUGUACCCCAGGGUUCAAGAUAAAAAAGUCAAAAGAUCACUGCCUCCUGCCAUCACAAGACGCAAGGAGCCCAGAAUCACCCUGUCACCAUGGAAACCAGCAAACGACCCCUGAAGUACCUGCAUUUCAAACCCCAUAUGUGAACCGUCUGGUCAGCACCAACAAGCCUGGGCCCAUCGACUUGCAAAGUGAUGGCGAUAGCCACCUUUUCAAACUUCAGACGUCUCCUUGUAGCGCAAUAAACAGCUCUAAGCCUCCCUGGGAGUACAAUGAGCCAGAAAUUGCCUUCCGUGGUGUGGAGGACAAGAAGAUGCCAGAGAUGCCCAACUUGGAGUCUUUUUUGGGAAAUUCUCUACAAACUAGAUAUGGGCGAAGCCUGGAGGUUGGAAAGGACACAACCAUCAACAGUCUGGUUCUGGAUGAACCCACCCAGGAGUUCAGCUAUGGAACUCCUCGCAUCAGGACCAACUACCUGGAGCCCAGCACCCCCGAGAUGCCAGACCUCAGCUCCGUUACACAGGAUAUAUGUAAACUUGUGUCCCAGGCUCAGAUGAAAAAAGCUGUCACUGCACCUGUGCACUCACCUGUCAGUUCAGAAAAACACAAACCCAGUGCUACACCUGCAAAGGCUCUGUCUUUAGUUUCACAGAGCGAGUUUCAGACUCUCCCUACCUACCUGAGGCUGAUGACUCUCAGCAGCCUUAACCAAGCCGUCGACAACAUCAACAGAUACACAGCAGAACACCAUGGAGAAACGAAGGAAUUCACGAUGGAAGAUCUGAGAAGGGUCAUCAGUGUGGGAACCAUGGGCUCUGUCUACAUCCUGUGUCUAAAAGAGCUCCAGAGGCUGGAGCAUGUGGAUGGAGUUCUGGAAGCUGCUGUGUAUAAACUGAUAACAGUUACCAAAAUGUGUCCAGCUGGUCAGCUGAAGAUGUAAUCCUUCCUGGGUUUAUAAAAACCUUCUUCUGUACAGUGCAGAAAUACUGACUUUAAUGCAGCAAUAAGAUAGAAAUCAUUCAGAAGUGGAGUCCCAAACCAUCAGAAGUAGCAUGUUUGGUAGCUUUCUGUUCUGUUCAGGAUGAAUGUUUCACCUAUGAUUAAAUGUUUAAUAGAUAGAUGCUGUUUAUUAUAAAAUCAACAUGUUUCUACACAUUAUGAGCUCUUCAGACUAAUAAUACAAAUAUUUAAUAAAACAAGAAUUUUCACUUGUAAUAAAUGAAAUGACUUGGUCCCCCAUGAAA